AUGUAUAAGUAUAAUAAGUUACUAGAUAUAAUCCUCUUGGCAAUAAUUGUAUAUCAUUUGCUAAUAUCACCUUUUUCUAAGGUUGAAGAGUCUUUUAACAUUCAAGCAAUUCAUGACAUUAUUAACUAUGGGGUAUUUCCGCAGGAGAACAUCUCAUACAACUACGACCAUAACAAUUUUCCUGGGUCGGUGCCUAGGACUUUCGUUGGAAGUUUAGCAAUUGCCGGUAUUGUCAAGGUUAUUCAAUCGUUCACAUCAUUAAUUGGUCUUGAUAAUAUAAUAUUCAAGGAUCAGAGCCAACUUAAUCUUCAGAUUCUUGUGCGGUGUGUAUUAGGUUUUGCUAACGGGUUUGCAUUUAUGAAGAUACGUGAUAGUAUCAAUCAAAUAACAUUGCGUGAUAGAAUCUCGAAACGGAGAGGUUUAAUUGGAUUUUGGUUCAUGAUAUUGCUUAUUUCACAAUUUCACAUAUUAUACUAUUCGUCUCGUACGUUACCAAAUUUUAUUGCAUUACCAUUAGUAUCAUAUGCAAUCAGUAAAAUUAUCGUUGGCGAUAUGUCUGGUUUGACGUGGUUGGCUUUUACAGGUAUAGUAUUUCGGUUAGAAAUUGGGUUGUUUGGGGUCAUUAUUGCGCUAGUUUCGUCCACCAUUUUCCGUCAGAGUAAUAUACUUCUAAAUUUGAUUAUGUUAUGCGUUGGCACUAUUGUUGGACUUAUAACCACAUUUACUAUCGAUUCAUACUUUUGGGGCUAUUGGCUUGUUCCUGAAUUAGUCUCAUUCAAAUUCAAUAUUAUUUCUGGUAAAUCAGCCGAAUGGGGCACCGAGCCAUGGGUAGCGUAUUUCAACAAAUAUAUUUUUCAAUUAUUCAGACCUCCAAUUAUUUUGAUACUUGCGUUACCAGGGAUUAUGCAUGAUCCAGCGGAUGAUAAGAUUUCUACUGCCUCCAUCAAUAAGACACCAAAUGAGAAAAAAAUUGAAGUGACCCAUCCCGCUAAGAAUUCUUUACGUAUUUUGUUUGUUUCUUCGUUAUUGUUUGUUGUUGCCAUGUCAUUGCAACCUCAUAAGGAAUGGAGAUUUAUAAUCUAUAUUGCGCCUGUUUUGACUUUACUAGCAGCUAAUGGAUUUGCUAAUAUAUCUAUUCGGUGGUCUACAUCAAUUUUCAAUAAGCUUUUAAUAUUAAUCUGUAUUGCUUUUAUAGCAAUUGGAAUAUUAUUAUCAAUUGUUAUGGGAUACAUCUCUAGCUUUAAUUAUCCAGGAGGAGAUGCAUUAUUAUUUGUUAAUAAUUAUGCAAGUAGCAAUCAUGAUAAGGAAUUUCUCGUACAUAUGGACGUUGCAUCUUGUAUGUCCGGUAUCAAUAGAUUUGGGGAAAUUCAUAAUAAUUCAGCAAUAACAUAUGAUAAGACUGAAGAUGAAUUUGACUUGUUGACUAUCUGGAAUGACAUUGAUAUUUUAAUUACAGAAGUUAACUUGAAUGAAAUUGAUACACUACAUGCAAGCUCAAAACUUACUUAUAAUGCUGAUAACUGGAAGAUCAUACACUCCUCUGACAAAUAUAAUGGUAUUUCGACAGUACCAGUAAUUCAAUUGAUCAAAGAACAAAGGAUGAACUCUUACACAAUACCAGCCUUACUUACUCAGAUUGCCGAUGAAUUCAUACAUAUCAAGUUCAACACGAUAAGGAACCUUAUACAAUCUUUGGUAAUUAGAAGUAAUUAUUUAUAUGUUUAUUUGAGGGUAUCUCCUGAUGAAGGGCUUGACGAACUAAUCGAAGAAUUAAAGGAUCAAGUGUCUUAUAAAUUAAAAAAAAGUGACAACACUGAUCCCAAAGAAGUUGAUUUAAGUGGUUUAUGA